AUGUUGUUUGACAAUAAUCUACCUCCUUUCGAUCAAACGAUGGGGAACGACUCACUAAUAUAUCUACUGCAUAGCAACAUACCCAUCAACUGUUCAGUCUACUCAUUAACCAAUGGUACCAUCAAACUACUAGAUUACUAUAACCAAACAUGGAACAACGCCACUAGUCUUCAUCACUUACUACCGGCGUAUUUCAUCACCAACUGUUCCAUUCCACACCUUAUUGAUUUGGUGUCUCAACAUGAAAAUUCAAAUUCGCUGUAUAGCGCCGAAGGUCCUUUGAAAUUUGAAGGGAGUCCGUAUAAUGAACGAGAUAAUGGGGAUACAUUUAUCGCCCUUCUUUUCACAUUGUGUGGCUCAUGUGUCUCAUGUUGGAUGUUGAGUUUAUUACUUUAUCUAACUCAGAAGCAUAGAAGAAAGCCGUGGUUGGCCCAACUCACAACAAUAUUUUAUUCCAUCGUCACCAGCGUGCUACUAGACAGACUCACCAAGGCAGCAGAGGUUGAGUAUUACGAUGAUAAUUUGGAUAUCAUAAAACUAAAUUGCAAAGUGUACGACAAUAAUGUUUAUCGAGUAUUGAUGAUUAUAACGCAGGCGUUAACCAUGCUGUCUUGGUUUCAAAUUAUUCAACGAUUGGUACGACUCAAGUAUAAACUGAUUACAUCAAUAAUUAAUUUUGUACUUAUGGCGUCAUAUAUUGCCGUAUACAUAUAUUUUCAAGUUGUAUUCACUACGAGAGACUAUAUAUCUCAUGAUAUGCAAGAUUUGACCAUAUAUCAUCGUUGGGAUAUUGCAUGUGUAACAUUGAGAUUACUCGUUGCCUUUUGGUUCCUAGGAGUACUUGCUUAUUACACAACAGUUAUGAAAAAUCCACGCAAAAUAUGUUAUUCACGGAAAUUGUUACCUUUGGCCAUAUUGGUGUGGUUUUUGUUUGUCUUGGACAUUGUUAUCAACAUACUACACGUUUCUUUAUUCAGAACGCGGUGGUUGGUGAGAACGUGGCUAGUUCUUAUUCCAUAUUUAAUUGAAAUUGGGUUGUUGACUGUCAUUUGGGAAUGGAUAUACAAUAUUUGGAUCCUUGAAAAACGAUAUGAACUUAUGAACGUUUUGGGAAGAAGAAUUAGUUAUGAAGACGUUGUCAGUUUCAAGAAUAACGACACAGCAAAGAAGUUCACCAAACUUGAUUCCCUUAUAGACUGGAUAGUUGCCAAGUUUACCGGUCAAACAACCAUCAAUCAUGUUGAAGAAAGAUCGGAUGAUAGCUUAAAGGAGUAUUUCACUCUGACGAAUUCCGAAGGUUCAGAGGUGAGGCCAAAUGCAAUUCCUUUACAAGAUCGACAAAGUUAUUUGCGCGAGAUACAAUCUACACCAGAGCCAGGUGAUGGUGACUAUUCAAAUCGUGCUGGACACGAUAUACGACGUAAUGAUGUAGUCACGUCGCACAAUGAACCUAUUGACUCUACUUCUGAGUCAGUUCAUCAGAACGAUCAUAACGACCAAAUUGUUUCGACCGAUCUAGGGGAUUAUGACGAUCAGUACGAUGAUCAAUAUGUUAAUGAUUAUGAGAUGUGGAGCGAAGAUGAUAGAGAUGCAGAGGACUCUGGUGAUGAUAUUGCUGGACAGAGAAAUCACACCCACGGAGACUAA